UUCAGUGAAAACAGCUUAAAGAUGAAACUUUUAUGGCUCGCACUGAUCCUCCUGCACCAAGGACAUGCCUUGGUUCCAGUGACCAUCGUUCAGCUCGGAGACACUGUAACUUUGAAAUGCUCUUUUCCAGAAAAAAAGACGAGCAGCAGUAGUGAACUUCACUGGUACAAACAAAGUGCAGGAAAUGCACUGGAAUUAAUUUUGAAGCUGAUGGAAAAUACCAGGCCUACUUAUGGACCUGAAUUUUUGGGCUCAAGACUGACUGCAACAUAUACAAAGAAAAUUAGCAAUCUGACGAUUGUUAAGACGACUGAAGGAGAUGAAGGCAUGUAUCACUGCGCUGUGAUUGACUGGAACAAGAACAUUUGGCAAGGGACCUAUUUGCUAAUACAAGGAAACACUGUGGUGUCUUCAAAUUACACAGUUGUUCAGACGUCAACAAUAUCAAAACCAGUUCAUCCAGGAGGCCCAGUGACUCUUCAGUGUUCGGUCCUCUCUAGCUCUGACAGCAAGAAAUGUUCAGGAGAUCUGAAUUUGUUCUGGGUAAGAGCCGGAGACAAAUCUCUUCCAAACUUCAUCUACACUGACGGAAACAGAGAAAACAAAUGUGAAGAGAAACUGGACUCUCAGCAGAGAUGUGUGUAUAACUUCUCUAAGACGGUCAAUGCCUCUGAUGCGACUUUCUACUGUGCUGUGGCCACAUGUGGAGAGAUAUAUUUUGGAAAUGGAACCAAUAUUGAUAUUAAAGAAUCCAGCUUGUGGUCCCAGGAUGCUAGAAAAGUCAUUAUUCUUCUCUCUGCUGCUCUGGCAAUAAGUCUGGUUGUGAUCGCUCUUCUUAUUUACUUCAGCCUGAAAAAUAAAUGUGUUCACUGUACAGCUGAUUCAGAGUUGCAGAAAAACAUCAGCAGACAGAAACCUCAAGAGAGAUGUAAGGAUGGAUGGAUUUACUCUGCAGCCAUCUUUACUACAAUAAAGUCUGACUGGGCAGGACUGAAGAAAGAAGCAGAGAAAGAGAGGAUCUACGCCGCUGUUGAAGCUUUUGGAUUAAAUUGAGGAAAUUGUUUGCUUUAACCUUAAACUAAAUAAAGGAAUAAAUAAAGACUUCUUUUUUGCAAUG